CAAGUGGUUUACCCAUUCUCCACACCUCAGUCCUCGUCUCCCUUUUAUUCUUUCCCUCCAAAAUUUCCUCUCUCAGAAAAAAAAACCCUUAGAUUGCAAAUCUUAACCCUUUUAUUUUAACUUCAAAAUCCCAGAGCAGUAGUAGAUAGAGAUAGGGUUUUAGAGAAGGAGAUGGCAAAAGACGAAGAAGAUUUGAGAGGCGAACUAGAAGAGAGAUUAAUAAACGAGGAAUACAAAAUAUGGAAGAAGAACACACCAUUUUUGUACGAUCUGGUUAUAACUCAUGCUUUAGAAUGGCCAUCUUUGACUGUUCAAUGGUUACCUGAUAGAGAAGAACCGGCUGGUAAAGAUUAUUCAGUACAGAAAAUGAUUUUAGGGACUCAUACUUCUGAUAGUGAACCUAAUUAUUUGAUGUUAGCACAAGUUCAGUUACCUUUAGAAGAUGCUGAAAAUGAUGCUCGUCAAUAUGAUGAUGAGCGUGGGGAGAUUGGUGGGUUUGGUUGUGCUAACGGAAAGGUGCAAAUAAUUCAGCAAAUAAAUCAUGAUGGAGAGGUUAAUCGAGCUCGUUAUAUGCCUCAAAACCCUUUUAUCAUUGCCACGAAGACAAUUAGCGCAGAGGUCUAUGUUUUUGACUAUAGCAAACACCCAUCUAAGCCUCCACUUGAUGGCGCAUGCAGUCCGGAUCUUAGGUUGAGGGGCCACAACACCGAAGGUUAUGGAUUAUCUUGGAGUCAGUUCAAGCAAGGACAUCUACUGAGUGGCUCAGAUGAUGCUCAGAUCUGCUUAUGGGAUGUCAAUGCAACUCCUAAAAAUAAGGUUCUCGAGGCCCAACAAAUUUUCAAGAGCCAUGAUGGUGUUGUGGAAGAUGUUGCUUGGCAUCUGAGGCAUGAGUACUAUUUUGGCUCUGUUGGGGAUGAUCAAAACCUGCUUAUAUGGGAUCUGCGGAAUUCAUCAGUUACCAAGCCAGCCCAAUUUGUCCGUGCGCAUGACGGUGAGGUUAACUGCUUGGCUUUCAAUCCGUUCAAUGAGUGGGUUGUGGCUACAGGUUCAACUGAUAAAACAGUUAAGCUAUUUGACCUUCGUAAGAUAAAUACUGCUCUCCACACUUUCAACUGCCACAAGGAGGAGGUUUUCCAAAUUGGAUGGAGCCCGAAGAAUGAAACGAUUUUAGCUUCUUGUUGUCUUGGUAGGAGACUGAUGGUCUGGGAUCUCAGCAGAAUUGAUGAAGAGCAGACACCAGAGGAUGCAGAAGAUGGCCCACCAGAGCUACUCUUCAUCCAUGGAGGGCACACUAGCAAAAUCUCGGAUUUCUCUUGGAAUCCUUGUGAAGAUUGGGUUGUUGCAAGCGUAGCUGAAGACAACAUUCUUCAAAUCUGGCAGAUGGCAGAAAAUAUUUACCAUGACGAAGAUGAUGUACCAGGUGAGGAACCUUCAAAAGCUGCAUAAUGUUUACUUUACCGUUCAAGUAGAUCCUAGUGUAAAACUGAGAGAGAAGAAGAGAAAGAAAUCAGAAACAAGAACUGGUACUUAUUGUUGUGUAUCAACAGUUGUUUCAUCUUCUUUAUCUAGCUUUUAUGUUGUUAUUAUUAGUCGUAUACAUAUAUAUUUUUAUGCAUUUGUCUCACUGGUUUUGAUCGAGUUAUAAGUAGCUUGUUUGGUGUUUAUCACUCUUUUCAUAUGACCUAUAUUGUUAUUCUUCUGUACCGAUAAACAGUU